AUGGGCUCUCUGCUACAGUUGUCCGACGUCGCCGAGUUGAUCCCACGACGUGAUGCUAACUGCUUCCGCGAGAGUGUCGCCGACCUGCUUGGCCGCACGUCAACUCACUUCCCUGGCGCCCAGCCAGUGAGCUUUUCGCGCCGCCAUUUCCGUGAACUGCAAGACACCGACUACUGGCUAUGUGAGAAGACCGACGGCAUUCGCUGCCUCCUCUACUUUACUACCUUCCCUGACGGCAACAACGGCCAUCGAGAAGCCCAUAUGCUCAUCGAUCGCAAGAACGACUACUACAAUAUCGAUAACGAACAUUUUCACUUCCCACUCCCCGACGGCCCCGACGCCAGUUAUCAUACCGAAACUCUGCUAGAUGGCGAGCUUGUUCUGGACACGCUACCCAAUGGUGAACAACAGAGAACCUACUUGGUCUUUGACUGUCUUGCUGUCGACGGCAAGUCCUUGCAACAGCGCACAUUGGACAAGCGGCUGGGUUAUUUUGUCGAAUCCGUACUCAAGCCUUACAACAAGCUUCUGAGCCGAUACCCUGAGGAGAAGGAUGAACAACCCUUUGUAAUCACUGCAAAGAAAAUGGAAAAGGCGUACGGUGUCAUGAUGAUGAUAAAAGACGUCUUGCCCAAGCUACCACACGGCAGCGAUGGCCUCAUUUUCACUUGUCGAACUUCGCCCUACACAAGCGGUACGGACCCAAAAAUACUAAAGUGGAAGCCGCCACACGAAAACUCAAUCGACUUUCGAUUACAGUUGGGCGAGUUUCCAUCCAUCACAGAGGACGGUCAAAGAUUCACAGAUUACGAUGCAUGUCCACCAAUGUUGUUGCUGGUGUUCCAUGGCGACAAGAGAAACGAAGUCUUUGCCAACCUUUACGUGACCGAAACCGAAUGGGAAAGCAUGAAAGGCAUGCAGCAGAUUCUGGACGGGCGGAUCAUUGAGUGUUACAAAGACGAGCAAGGCCGAUGGCGGUACAAGAAAGAGCCAAACGGCGAGCCGCGGUUCCGAGACGACAAGACGGAAGCCAACCAUAUCACGACGGUUGAAAGCGUGCUAGAAAGUAUUGAGGAUGCCGUGAGCGAGCAAGACCUUUUGGACAACGCCAAGAUGAUCAAUGCACAAUGGAAGAGACGUGAGGCAGAGGCGUCAAGGCCACAGGCGAACGGCGCGCCACGUUAG